AUGGCCGAAGAUAUGCAUAGCAGCGAGUUCUACUGGGACAACAUUUUUAUCAAGGUUCGUCGCCAUUACGGGCGCUUAUCGGUCGCCAUCUACAUCAGUUCAUCGAACGACGUCCAGGUUGAAGACAAGCUCUUCUGUGUCCCUCGAUGCGAAUUUGUAAAGUCCUCUGAGGUCUUCGCUGACAUGUUCCUUCUGCCUUCUGGUCCCGCCAGCGCGGUGGAAGGUCGGGAUAGAGAACAUCCCAUCGUACUUGAAGGAUAUAAGAAGGGCGAGUUUGCUUGCUUGCUGAAAGUGAUGUAUCCCACAGCCGAAUCUCUAAUUUCCGGCACGAACCUCGACUUGUCCUUGGAAAAGGAGGAGUGGGUGAGCGUGCUGAAAUUGUCGACGAUCUGGAACAUGAAAAGGAUCCGGACGUACGCCAUUCACAGGUUGUCGACUCAAGUAACCUUCUUGCCGAUGGAAAAGAUCCUUCUGGCAAGGGCACAUAAAGUCGCCGCAUGGCUGAAUGAAGGAGUCACCAGCUUGGUGAACGAUGUCCCCAGCCCAGAACUCGAGGAUAUAGCUACGCUUGGAUGGGAGACUGCCGCUCGAAUACUCUGGAUUAGGGAUAAAUCCAGUCUUUCUCGAAGCACCCCGAAUAUCCUUCGUUUCAGACGAGACGACAUCAAGUGCGCCCAAUGCUCGUCGCCAUCGAGUCUGAUAAAUGUCAACCAUAACUGCUAUAAUUGUGGGCAAGCCGUGCCUGCAGACGCAGAAUUGACCUUCCCUGGCCCUGGUUCCACCUCGGGAACCACUGAUCGUCUGGUUAUGUUCAGGACAAUACAGCACGGCAAAUGCGGCACAGGGAGCCCAUUCUAUUCAUUUGGCGUCUCCUGCAGCGCUUGCUCAUCCUACAGCGGUCCCACUCACAAUGUUAGAAUCACUUUGGGCAAAGUAGCAAAGGACAUGAUCAAGGAGAUGUUUGGAGAGGAAAUCAAGGAUUACGAAGAUAUGACCGUCGCAUAG